UUCAAGGACAACAGUGUCCGGACCCAAAGUACGACGUCAUGCAUAGUUAGUUCUUUCCACAGUGUUGGCUAGUAAAGACGUAAAUUUUAACUCUUCGUUCGAUUUUCUUACUUGUUAUUUAAAAUGGAAUCUUCCAUCAAGUGCGUUUUUUGUAACAGUAAAAGAACAAAUGAUAAACUCGUUGCUUUUACCGUGCAUACGUUAAAAAAGUGCCGGGAAGUGUUGGACAUUCGGAAAAAAUUUAAUUUAAAAUACAAAGAUGUUAUUUUACCAGCAUCAGAAUGUAAUGACGGCUAUCAUAUAAAAUGCCUUAAAAUGUUCUUAGCAGUCAUGAAAAAGUAUUAUGAAAAAAAGGCAUUUACAUCAUCGGAUAUUUCAGUUCAAACAGAUGAACCGACACCAAGCACUUCAUCUGCUCACGAAAUAGAACAAACACAUCAGGAAGGUCAAUCUGCCAUACAAGAACUUUCAGGUGAAAAAUUAACGGAGGCAGCAUUAAGUGUGGAGCAGGAUAUUUGUGCAUUUUGUAAUAAAAAAUAUAAAAAAUCCAAAGGACGUCAGGCACCACUUGUCAGAGGAGAAAAAAAAAUUCUCAUUGAAGCCUUGGCAGAAUAUUUGGAUGUUGUGAAAGAUAGUGAAUUUUUUAAGUCACUUUCUAACGAGCCUCCGCACUUAUUUUAUCACAAAAUCUGUCGGGUUGAAUAUUUUAAUAAAUUUAAAAGCAAUCCAACUGCAGACACAAAAUUUAAUCUGAAUCGGGAACUACACAAGGAAGCUGAUGAUGAAAUUGAUCAGUUCAUCCAAAAAAACAUCAUUGCUCGUGGCAGUUGUUUCUUUUUAAUAUCUCUGGGUGAAAUAUACGAUGAUAUAUUGAAGAAAUUGUACGAAGACCGUGGCUAUAGUUAUGAUGGUUCAUGCAACCUUCAACAUUUGCUGAAUAAAAUUCUUGAUAAAUUCAGUGAUGAAAUUAAAGUCUCAGCUUUCAGAAAUAAAAACGUAAUUUUACCGAAAAAUAAAUUCAUAGAUGAUGGCCUUUUUUCGCUGAAGAAAAGAAGAUGA